AUGCUUUCUCCUAUUGUAAGAAAGGGACUUUUGCAGAGUUCUAGACAUGCAAGAUCAUUUAGUUCCAGCCGAAUCCUCUCGGCGCAAGAGGUCAAAAGCUUGGGUGUUGUUGGAGCUGGGCAAAUGGGCUUGGGGAUAGCACUAGUAGCGGCACAAAAAGCUGGUGUACCAGUCACUCUCGUAGACACAAAUCAAGCCUCCCUUGAUAAAGGCCUCAAGUUUGCCGAUAAGCUCUUGGCCAAAGAUGUUGCCAAAGAACGCAUAACCCAAGAACAAUCCGACAGCAUCCGCUCCCUUCUCACCCCAACCACAAAGAUGGACGAUCUUUCCUCCGCAGACUUCGUAAUUGAAGCUGUUCCCGAAAUUCCAUCCUUAAAAUUCUCCAUCUUCAGUUCCCUCGCCCAAAUAUGUCCUCCACACGCCAUCCUGGCCACAAAUACCUCCUCCAUAUCCAUAACCCGAAUUGCCGCGUCCACAACCAAGGAUCCCAAAGAUACCAGCGCUUCUUCUCGUGUAAUCUCAACACAUUUCAUGAAUCCAGUGCCUAUUCAAAAGGGUGUGGAAAUCAUUACAGGAUUACAGACGAGUCAAGAUACAGUGGAUGCGGCUAUUGAGUUCUGCAAACGAAUGGGUAAAAUCCCAUCUACAUCAGCGGAUUCACCGGGCUUUUUGGCGAACCGAAUCCUCAUGCCUUAUAUCAAUGAAGCUAUAAUAUGCUUAGAAACUGGUGUCGGGAAAAGAGAUGACAUCGAUGCGAUAAUGAAGAACGGAACUAAUGUACCCAUGGGGCCGUUGCAAUUGGCGGACUUUAUUGGUAUUGAUACCUGCUUAGCAAUUAUGAAGGUCUUAUAUGAGGAGACAGGAGAUAGCAAAUAUAGACCUAGUGUACUACUAGGAAAAAUGGUAGAUGCGGGGUGGUUAGGUAAAAAGAGUGGAAAGGGGUGA